CAGAGCUUAAGAUAGGCAGUUAGUACUACGACUACUAGGCAUCUUUUAUUGGAUCCGGAACUCUGCUCCUUUCGUCACUCGAUCAUUUCUGCAGCUCAAUUACCCGAUUUCCUCACCGACGAAUCCACCUGCGGCUGCACUACAGAUCGGGAGCCGCCUAGCAAGAAAGCGAAAGUGGGAUGAUGGAGAAAUCCUGUUCUUUGCUGGUCCACUUCGACAAAGGAACACCAGCGAUUGCAAAUGAGAUAAAGGAAGCUCUAGAAGGGAAUGACGUUCUCGCCAAGAUUGAUGCCAUGAAGAAGGCAGUCAGUCUUCUGUUGAAUGGUGAAACCUUGCCUCAGCUUUUCAUCACAAUUAUUAGGUAUGUUUUGCCUUCUGAGGAUCACACCAUACAGAGGCUGUUGCUGCUCUACUUGGAAAUUAUUGACAAGAAAGAUGCCUCGGGAAAGCUUCUACCUGAGAUGAUAUUGAUAUGCCAAAACUUGAGAAACAAUCUUCAACACCCAAACGAGUACAUUCGCGGGGUGACUUUGAGGUUUCUUUGCCGGCUUCACGAGACAGAAAUAAUAGAGCCAUUGAUUCCUUCGGUGCUGCAAAAUCUGGAGCAUCGACACCCAUUUAUCAGGAGGAAUGCCAUCUUUGCAGUGAUGUCAAUAUAUAAGCUUCCCCAGGGCGACCAGCUUCUGGUUGAUGCUCCUGAAAUGAUUGAGAAGGCACUUUCUACUGAGCAUGAUCAAUCAGCUAAGAGGAAUGCAUUUCUGAUGCUCUUCACUUGUGCGCAGGAGCGAGCUAUCAAUUAUCUUUUCAGUCAUGUUGAUAAGAUCUCGGAAUGGGGUGAGCAGCUUCAAAUGGUUGUUUUGGAGUUGAUUCGUAAAGUAUGCCGAACAGAUAAGGGAGAGAAAAAAGGGAAAUACAUAACAAUCAUCAUAUCUUUGUUGAAUUCCCCUUCUAGUGCUGUGGUUUAUGAGUGUGCUGGAACACUUGUUUCUCUGUCGUCCGCACCGACUGCUAUUAAAGCUGCUGCUAACACUUAUGGGCAACUUCUCCUGUCUCAGAGUGAUAACAAUGUCAAGCUCAUUGUGCUUGAUCGACUGCAGGAGCUUAAGUCUUCUCACAGGGAAAUCAUGGUUGAUUUGGUUAUGGACGUGCUUAGGGCACUCUCGAGUCCCAAUCUUGAUAUCCGCCGGAAGACCCUUGAUAUUAUCCUUGACCUGAUCACUGCACGGAAUGUAAACGAAAUUGUGCAGAUGUUGAAGAAGGAGGUUGUUAAGACUCAAAGUGGAGAGCUUGAGAAGAAUGGUGAGUAUAGGCAGAUGCUAAUUCAAGCCAUUCAUUCAUGUGCUAUUAAGUUCCCAGAGGUGGCAAGCACCGUGGUUCACUUGUUGAUGGAUUUCCUUGGAGAUAGCAACAUUGCGUCAGCUAGUGAUGUGGUCAUUUUUGUUCGAGAAAUAAUUGAAACCAAUCCAAAACUCAGAGUCUCAAUAGUAACAAGGCUGUUGGAUACUUUUUACCAGAUCCGAGCAGCCAGGGUAUGUGUGGGUGCUCUUUGGAUCACUGGAGAGUACUGCCUUUCCCUCUCUGAGGUUGAGAGCGGCAUAGCAACCAUCAAGCAGUGUCUUGGGGAACUUCCCUUUUUCUCUGUUACAGAAGAAGGUGAAGUUACUGAUACUUCCAAAAAGCCUCCACAGCAAGCAAGUUCCAUCACUGUUUCUUCAAGAAGACCUGCUAUCCUUUCCGAUGGGACAUAUGCGACACAAAAUGCUGCCUCUGAAACUGCCUUUUCCGCUCCUAGUGUGAUUCAUGGGUCAUUGUCUUCUGGAAACUUGAGAUCCCUUCUUCUCACCGGUGAUUUUUUCCUUGCUGCAGUUGUAGCAUGCACUUUAACAAAACUUGUACUGAGAUUGGAAGAGGUACAGUCGUCUAAGGUGGAGGUGAACAAAGCUGUCACUCAGGCUUUGUUGGUAAUGGUCUCCAUGCUGCAAUUGGGACAGUCUUCUGUUCUGCCUCAUCCAAUUGACAGUGAUUCGUAUGAUAGGAUUCUUCUGUGCAUAAGAUUGCUAUCCAAUACUGGCGAUGACAUCCGGAAGAUAUGGUUGCAGUCAUGCCGUCAAAGUUUUGUGAAAAUGCUUUCGGAAAAGCAAUUGAGAGAGACCGAGGAAUUGAAGGCAAAGGCUCAAGUUUCUCACGCACAACCAGAUGAUCUUAUCGACUUUUAUCAUUUGAAGAGCAGGAAGGGUAUGAGUCAGCUCGAGUUAGAGGAUGAAGUUCAGGAUGAUUUAAAACGUGCAACAGGAGAGUUUAUCAAUGAUGGCAAUGACACAAAUAAGCUUAACCGAAUUAUUCAGCUCACUGGAUUUAGCGACCCUGUGUAUGCUGAAGCAUAUGUCACGGUUCAUCACUAUGAUAUUGUACUUGAUGUCACUGUUAUCAACCGGACAAAGGUAACCCUCCAAAACUUAUGCCUGGAGUUGGCUACAAUGGGGGAUCUCAAACUUGUUGAACGUCCCCAGAAUUAUGCUUUGGCUCCUGAAUCUAGCAAACAGAUAAAGGCUAACAUCAAGGUCUCCUCUACUGAGACUGGAGUUAUUUUUGGUAACAUCGUUUAUGAGACAUCCAAUGUGUUUGAACGGACCGUUGUUGUCCUCAACGAUAUCCACAUUGAUAUCAUGGACUAUAUUUCUCCUGCAUUUUGCUCGGAUAAUGCAUUUAGAACCAUGUGGGCAGAGUUUGAAUGGGAAAAUAAGGUUGCUGUUAACACAACAAUUCAGGACGAGAAGGAAUUCCUGGACCACAUUAUCAAGUCAACAAACAUGAAGUGCCUCACUGCACCGUCUGUACUGGAUGGCGAGUGUGGAUUCCUAGCUGCAAACUUAUAUGCCAAGAGUGUGUUUGGCGAGGAUGCUUUAGUAAACGUAAGUCUGGAGAAGCAGGGAGACGGGAAGCUCAGUGGGUACAUCAGGAUAAGGAGCAAGACCCAGGGAAUUGCACUCAGCUUGGGGGAUAAAAUCACCCUUAAGCAGAAGGGAGGAGGAAGUUGAUUCUGGAGAGAUCUAGAUUAGAAUCACACAGGUGCUCCCUGCAAUUAUCUGGAAGAUUGCCUCUCAGCAGGCUGAAUUUUUGCAUAUCUGUAUCUAUCUACUACCUAGGGGACGAAGGAACUGAUUGAUGGCGUCUUAUACAGUUGCAGAGAACUUGGGUUCAGCAUCUUCCUUGCUUAAAUUUUUUGCAUUGGCUGAGACAUUCGAAUCCUCUGGUUUCGUUGAACUCCCCUUUAUGAUACUACUCUGUUUUGAGGUCUCACAAGCGUCAUUAAAUUUUAAGCUUACUGUAUCUCAGUAGUCAGUAUACAGGCUGAGGGGAAAAGAUUGGCCAAACUACACUGUAGAUUUUUCACCAGACCCAUCUGGACUUCAGCCCAAUUGCGGGCAUUGUUAUCACUGGGGAUUUUAGAAUUAAGAAUAACAAUCCAGAACAAGAUUGGAGCUCUGUUAUUGCAAGGAAAGACCGAGUUGUUGCUGAUCACUCUUGUCCUUGUUUAAUGUUUGCCUUUUGAAGAUUUUUCGUUUCGGUAUGUAAAAUGUAAUUGAAUAAUAAUGUUAAGCUCUGAACCCAAAACGGGUGAUUUCUGUCGUUGGAUUUGAAGAAAGAGGGUUUUGGUUAAAACUCGAUUCGAAGAUGUUACCUGUGAAUAGAUUAAGUACUAACACACCGACUAAAAGUGUUACCUGUGAUGCCAACUAGGGAGCUUGACGCUCGCCACAAGUAUAUAAGGACGUUUAAGUCCUCCAAAGAUGGGACCUCUUCUUCUCUUCCCUCACUUUCCACUUUGACUCUCUCUGCACUUUAUCUCUCUACAUUAUUCUCUCAAUUUACUCGAAACGGAAACUAACUUGAUCGAUGGAG